AUGGUUGACCACGCUUCGGUCAACGACAAGAAUGCUGAGAGGGAGGAAAGAGGAAUCUUCUCCUCGGUCCUAGCAAAGAUCAAACCCAAAGACCUCUCCAGCAAGACCAAAAGCACCGGCCUCAGCAACAAGAUCAACAACUUGCGCAAAGAUCCGGAUGUUGCAGCAGCCCUGGGAAAUAGCCCCGUCAUGAAGAAGCUGGAGACGGCGGUGGAGAACGACCCGAAGUUCUUCACCAAGUUGGCAAACAACCCCGAAUCGAUCGAGAAGUUGGUAAAGAAUCCUGAGGUACAACAAGCUGCGGCUGCUCUCGAGAAGUCGAAGUUCAAGGUCACCCAGAACGACAUCAACCAGCUUGGCACCGUUGUCUCAAAGAAUCCCAGCAAACGCGCCAUGCUGAUAACGGGAUUGGAGGGCUUGGAAAAACUAUUGUGGAUGGGGGCCGUGGCUGGAAUGUGA